UUUGCACUUUAAUUGCUAUGUAUAUUGACUGGCCUAAUCAGUUUUGCAGAGAAUCGCGGUCACACUCGGAUUGAGUAGGUCAUAUUACAUGCGAAUAAAAUGAUCACCAGUGUAAUGUUUCUUGAAAGCGAUAUUUUUCUAAAUGACUCAAACUGCAUUUAUGCAAUAUUUCAUACACACAAUUCCAGGCCACACCGAUGACUUUGCCGAAAUGGUCAGCAAUUUACACAAGAAAUACCCACAUAGCCGCAUUGUUGCGGUUGGCUUUAGCUUAGGUGGCAAUCUUGUCACGAAAUAUAUGGGCGAGACAACAAAAACGAAGCCGCAAACAAUACUUGGUGGCAUAUCAAUCUGUCAGGGCUACAAUGCAGAAGAAGGCACCAAAUGGCUCUUAAAUUGGCAAAAUUUCCGCCGUUUCUAUUUGUAUGUGAUGACAGAGAAUGUGAAGAGUAUCAUACUGAAGCAUCGUCAUGUUUUACUAUCGGACGAGGUAAAGGCACGUCAUAAUUUAAAUGAACGCGAAAUUAUUGCUGCCGCUACACUGCCGGAAUUGGAUGAAGCAUAUACACGUCGUAUACAUAAUUUCUCAACUACACAAGAGUUAUACAAGUGGAGUUCAUCAUUACACUUUUUAGACAACAUCGAAAAACCUAUGAUAUUCAUUAAUGCCAAGGACGAUCCACUUGUGCCGGAAGAGUUGCUGCCACCCAUUAAGGAGUUUGCAUUGUCGCGUCCCAAUACGGCUUACAUUGAAUUGGCCCACGGCGGACAUUUGGGAUUCUAUGAAGGUGGCUUAAUUUAUCCCAAUCCCGUUACAUGGCUGGAUCGCACAGUGGUCGCCAUGGUUGGCUCCAUAGUAAUGUUGCAUAUGGAUGCUGCUGAAUCUGGCAUACAAAAAGUUGCUAUAUAAAGCUAUGUGCAGUAGGAAGGGUUGGAAAAACGCAUUUUUACAAAAAAA